AUGGCAGAACGCACAUUGCUCGCCGCACCAAGUCCAGUAUCGGGCGACGGCAAUGUGUCUAAAGUAAAGACGAACUCCCCUCACCACAUGGGUGACUACCAGUACGAGCCACUCCGCGAAACUUCCAUCAGACUGGUCACUUUCGUACCUGUCGAUGAACUCUCCUUGUCGAUGAAGCAUUUUGAUGACUGGGCAGAUCUCCGUAGGCGCGAAACUUGGUACACGGCUCUAUCCUAUUGCUGGGGAUCUAGUGAACGCUCGAGUUGUAUCAACGUCAAUGGAUCGCGCCUGGCAGUCACGGAAAAUCUGAUGACAGUGCUUGCACUGAUACGUGCACACCAUCUACCAUGCCAUCAGAAACCUUUGUCCACGCCGCGACAGCACCGGGAGUGGUUCUGGAUAGAUCAGAUAUGCAUCAACCAGGACGAUGUCGACGAGCGAAAUGAGCAAGUCCAAGACAUGUGGCGUAUCUACUCGUCUGCACGACGGGUCUUCGCUUUGCUAGGUGUUACCGCCCCAGACGUUCCAGAGCUCUUCCCAAGUGGCUGUGCCACUUCACGCGACAUCGAAGACAGCGUCAACGCACAGCUGCGAAACCCAAGUGAGCAGUGGGAACAUAAUCUCACAGAUCCGGAUUGGGAUAGGACCGUCUCACCGCAUCGGCUCAGUACAGCGGAGUAUAUUCUCGGGGUGCCUUAUUUCAAAAGAACUUGGAUCGUACCGGAGCUCCUACAAGCACGCAGUUUACAUUUCAUUUGCGGUGCAUGGUCAUUGCCAGCGGCGGUCUUUCGAGAUCUGCUCCGACUACUUCGUAUUUCAUCCUCGUUGGAAGGCAGUGUGUCGGAGUUAGGAAGGAUCAGUCGCUUGCUUGAGGAUUCUCGUGACUUGCAAGUGCGAUCUGCUCAGCAGCGUGUUCGGGUACCCAGCGCUUGCAUUGCCUUUCUCGAUAACCUGAGAUCUCUGCACGACACUGUAUGCUCUGAUGGUCGAGAUAAGAUCUUCGCCGCGUUGAGUUGUCCAGGCUCCAAGUCGUUGAGCAAGGCGACUGCGCUCAAGCCGGACUACUCUGCGACGAUUGACGAGCUUGCCGUGCUUGUGGUAGCUUAUGUUGAUCAGCUCCUCAACCAAAACGAGACAGAAUGGCCACAGGGUCCCAGGGACGACCUCGCACGGACGCUAGCCAGAUCCCUUGGCAUGUGUGAUGAACGUCACACGACAAUGCAAUGCCACCUAGCUGUCGCGUCCGCCAUACUAGCUUGCACGCGGCCAUGGCGCAAAGGUGAACCGUUGCUCAUGACUUCUGGCAGACAGGUCAUCAGUCCGGGUCCUUAUUUGACCUUCUACCUUACAUCAGUCAUUCGUGAUCCAGAGCCUCAGACCGGAUCGCAAGUCGUGGAUUUGGACUUGUCGGAUGUAUGA